GUAUAUUCUAGGUCUAGAUCUAGAUCUAGAAUUAUAGUCUACUCAGUCUACUGUCUAGAAUCUAGUGAAUAAGAAAUGAAAGAUUCUUUGUUUCAGUAACCACAAGCUGCAUUCUUCGAACCAUUUUUGCCAUCAAUAGUUUAUCACAAAAUGAUGAAAUCAAAUGAAACAAUUAAUAAAACUGAACAGGUCGAAUGGAAACAACAAGACCUUGACCUAGUGGCAGAAACGUUGGAUAUUAAAUAUCAAGUUGAAGACAAUUUGAGUGGAGGUCGAGCUUUGUUUAGUGCAUCUAUAACUCUGAAAAACAGAUGCCCUGUGGUUCUGAGCAGUGCUGGAGAUGGCUGCAAACACUGGACCAUCUAUUUUUCACACCUGCGUAUGGUUGAACCAAACUACCUGCCAGCUGACAGCUGCGUCAAUCUCGAGUACGCUGGUGUUUCUCUGUCCCACUUGAAUGGAACUAUAUUUAAGCUGAGCCCGUUAAAAACGUUCAAACCGUUACAGGAAGGAGAUUCUUUAACUUUUAAAUUUAACGCUCAGCAUUAUUCUGCUGCCAGGUCAGAUGUUUUGCCUAACUGGUACUUGCAUGUUGAGGGCAUGGAGCCCAGAAUAAUCAAAAGCACUCAAGGAGAGACUCUAGACUUUGUUGGUCCUUACGACACACCAAUGAAGUAUAAAAGGUUUGACUACAUCCUGCCAUCAGGGAAACAACGCUACGAUGUAUAUCAGCCUUUUUCUCCAGAAGUAAGAUUUUCUCGGUAUCCUGAGAUUAACAUUGAACCCAGCCAUCUGAAAACUGUCAUCCCAACACCAUUUCUUAUGGAGUCUAAAGGCAGUGGGCUUGUUAAUAUAUACGAAGGAGGCUGGAGGCUGAGUUCAUCAAAAGAGUUCACCAAUGAGGUCAAAUAUUUAUCAGACAGGCUAAACAUUCCAAUAAGCAAUCAUCUGAUGAAAGACGAAGAGAAUGAAACAGCAAAGGUUAUAGCCCUUAAAAAAUGUCAUCUGAAGUCUGUGAUAAAUGAAACUUUGGAUUCUGAAGCCUAUGAGCUGGAUGUUGAUUCAUCAAGUCAACACAUUCAGAUUACUGCUAGUACUUCUUCAGGUAUAUUUUAUGGUGCCCAGACAUUACUGAGCCUAUGUGCAACCACAACUUACAAAGCUGAGGGAAUAUUCAUGGACUGUCGCAUAAGGGAUGCCCCUCGAUACGCUUAUCGAGGCAUGCAUGUAGACGUUGCCCGCAACAUGCAUUCCAAGGAAGAUAUUUUUUCAAUCUUAGACGUUAUGGCCUUGUACAAGAUGAACAAGUUUCACUUCCAUUUGACAGAUGAUGAGGGCUGGAGACUAGAGAUACCUGGCCUUGAAGAGUUAACAGAAAUUGGUUCUAAGAGAGGCCAUGAUCCUAAUGAGGACACGUGUCUGCUGCCCUUGCUAGGUUCUGGGCCAUUUCCCACUGGUCUGGGCUGUGGGUACUACACAGUGGAUGACUACAAGGACAUUUUACGCCAUGCUGAAGCACGACACAUUGAGGUGAUUCCAGAAAUAGACAUGCCAGGUCACAGCCAUGCAGCUGUCAGGGCCAUGAGAGUGAGAUACAACAAAUUAAUGGCUGAGCAAAAAACAACAGAAGCAGAGCAGUACCUCUUGACAGACCCUAAAGAAACCAGCAAUCACCAAGCUCUUUCUGUUCAGAUGUUGGCUGAAAAUUCCAUGAACCCAGGACUGGAGUCUACCUUUACUUUCAUUGAUAAAGUCAUAAAGGAACUGGUAGAAAUGCACAAAGACAUUCAGCCCCUGAAAGUUUUCCACCUGGGGGGAGACGAGGUGGCCUAUGAAGCGUGGGAUGACUCCCCUGCAUGCCUGGCACUUGUUGAAUCAAAGAAGAUCAGCUCCAAGGAAGAUCUGAUGGAAUACUUUGUGUCCAGAGUGGCUGAGCUGGUGUAUAAGCAUGGACUAGAACUUGGAGUAUGGCAGGAUGGGAUUAUUGUCAAGAACAAAGAUCCUUUUAAACUUGGCAUUUUCCCUAACUCUAAAGUUCUGGUUCACUUUUGGAGAAACGUUUGGGAAACUGGCCAGGCUUUUGAUGCUCACAAACUGGCAAAUGAAGGCUAUAAAGUUGUGCUUGCUCCAGCCACACAUCUUUACUUUGAUCACCCUUACGAGCCUGAUCCAGAAGAAAGAGGCUUGUUCUGGGCAUGUCGGUACAUUGACACUCACAAAGUCUUCCGCUUUGUGCCGGAAAACCUGCUGGCCAAUGCAGAUGUGAAGCUGACUGGGGAGAAGAUUACCAAGCUAGAUCUGGAACUUCUCAGGGAAUCUGAUGACUUCACAAUAUUAAAGAAACCUGAGAAUAUUAUAGGUGUCCAGGGUCAGAUAUGGACAGAGCUCGUCAGAACUCAGCAACAACUCCACCAGAUGAUCUUCCCCAGAUUGAUAGCCCUGGCAGAGAGAGCCUGGCACAAAUCUCCUUGGGAGGCCUUGGAUCCUAAAAAAGGGAAAGCCGCCCAGGAGAAGGAGUGGUCAUCCUUUGCUCACACGUUAGGGCACAAAGAGCUGAACCGCCUGGAAUCUCUUUGCAUUCCUUAUCAUAUCCCAGCACCAGGAGCCAGAGUGACUGGAGAUGGACUGCUGGACUUAAAAAGCUGCUACCCUGGACUGCCAAUGUCUUAUUCACUAGAUGGUGGUGAGUCAUGGCAGGCUUAUAGUGAACAGUUUGAUGUCACAGCUUAUGAUGAAGUUUUAGUUAGAUGCAGUUCCCACCAAGGCGUCCACCAUAGCAGAGUCACAAAACUCACCAUCAAGACAUAUACAGACAGCGACGAACAGAGUAAUUAAACGUUAUCUCUAAGUCAAUGAUAUAAUUAAUUCUUUUCCAAAUACCUCUCAUUUUGUGUGUGUGACAGAUACUAUUUUAUGCAUACAUUAAGUUCUUCUAGUGAACAAUGAAGAGUAAUGCCUCUAGCUCUCUAGUCAAUAAGAUCACAUUUGAUUGAGAAGUUUCGCUUUUAUUUCUUCCUUUUGGAUGUUCCAUUUGUGGAUGAUAUGAAGUUAUACUCUUUUGUCUUAUACAGUUGUACGACUGAGUCUAUAACUGAAUAUAAUCAGACUUUUUUUUCUGCUUUGUUACUGCACAUGAAAUUUCAAAUUCAUUGACAAGAACUUCCAUUGUACACCAAGGAAAUUAGUUUAUUUUUUUUUUAUAGAAUCAUUGUCAUUUCUCAACCUAAGAUAGGGGGAAUCUUGUAUAAAAGAAGAUGAUUAUGUCCUACGGAAUGUUUAGUUGAAGGUACUUAGAAGACCUGUUUGGGAAUGUUGAAAGGAAGAAUUGUCAUUUUUCAACCUAAGAUAGGGGGAAUGUUUAUUUGGAGGUACUUAAAGGACCUGUUUGGGAAUGUUCAAGGGAAAAAUUGUUAUUUCUCAACCUAAGAUAGGGGGAAUGUUUACUUGAAGGAAAAAUUGGCAGUGUCAUUAAAGGUUUGUUUAAAAGACUAAUGCUGCAGUUAAAAAAUCUAAACAUGCUGCCAAGAGGGGAGUGGCAAAGAAACCAGACGAAAAAUAAAUUGCAAGAAGUUUGUAGAGGAAAAUAAAAUAAGAGGGAGAAUAUAUUGAAAUGAAAAAAUGUUUCCAAGGAAACCGGAAGUUACAAAGGUUUAAAAAAAACUAAGCUUUGAAAGAAGUCAGUGGCACACAUUAUGCUCUGUGUAAGAUCCGUAUCAUCAUAAUUACAUGUAAACUUUACUCGUCAUGUAUAUAUAGUACAAAUUGAACUGCUGGUCAUCAUAUUAUGCACACUUAAUUAGAAUAAUAUAAUAUAAUUGUCUUCAAGUCAGAAGAUUAAUGAGGAAUGCAGUAUUUCCUGUGGCUAUGCAGCAUAUGCAUUUGAUUAUGAAAAUUUGAUUUUUACUAAUAUACCCUUUUUAUUUAUAUAUAUAUUAAAGAAGAUCAUUGUCAA